AUGGGUGGCUUCAACAGUUUACCUUACCUGGGAGUGUUGGUCAUGGCAGUGAUUGGCAACAAGAUGUUGGAUGAGUGUCUGUCGUCCAAACGUAAAUUCGCCAUGAAUGUUGUGCUGCUGGAAGAUAACACUUACGAGUGGAGUCUGCCCUUCGUGAAGGCUGCGGUGCAGCGAGCCAUUGAAGAGGACACGAUGGAAAACGAGAAAAAUAAUUUAAGCUUUGUUUUGACGGCUACCUACGAUGGAUUCAACACCACCGUCUACAACCGGCAGGGGUGUGGAAGCAGCACCUGUGAGGGCGUGGCCAUACUCAAGAGGCUGCAUAAUACUGGUCGUAACGGAUGUGUCAUGCUGGGCCCUUCCUGCACUUAUGCCACCUACCAGUUAGUAGACGAUGAAAUCGGCCUGACUCUGAGCAUUCCCAUCAUCUCCGCCGGGAGCUUCGGCCUCUCUUGCGACUACAAACCUAAACUGACUCGGCUCUUGCCACCGGCACGCAAGAUCUCCAAUAUGUUCUCCCACUUUUUCAAGGAUAAGUUGCCAUUCAAAGAUGAGUGGAAGCAUGUUUACGUCUACAAGAAGUCGGUCUAUAAUGCAACUGAGGACUGCUUUUGGUACACCAACGCACUUGAAGCACCAUCGGCCAACUUUGCCACAACGAUAAAGAGAGAGAUGCUACGUUCUGAGGAAGACUUGAAGAACGCACUGCUGUCAGACAAAAGACACAGUAACAUUUUCAUUGUUUGUGGCCGCCUCGAUGACAUUAUUUCAAUCAAGGCCAAAAUUGACCCCAUUCACCCGGACAUCAUGUUCAUUCUCAUGGACAUCUACAAUCCUGAAUAUUAUGUCAAUAGCACAUCAACUCCGGGCAUGCAGAACGUCCUGGUCAUUACACUCCCACAAAGGAACUACGAUUACGGAUCUGGUUUACCCUACAAUGACACUAUCAAUGACUUUGUCGCCGGCUAUCAUGAUGGUGCGCUACUGUUCGGUAAAGUGCUUAGGGAGAGGAUGCUCAGUCAGCAGAAUAACUCUGGUAACCGAAGAGCUGAUGACGUCCCACUCAGUGACAACCCAUUCGGGAACGUCUCCUUUGACGGCAUGGCAGGCCACUACGUGUUGGACGAGUACGGCGACAGAGACGUUAACUUCUCCAUGAUUUACACAUCUACCGAUACUGGCAAGUAUGAGAGACUGCUUGUAUUUGACACUUCGAGAAAUAAAACCAUAGACGUGACCAAUAAUCCUGCUCUGCCUUGGAAAGGAAAUCGCCUGCCUCCAGAUGUACCAGAAAAUUUAGAUGUCUUGGGCAUGCAGGAUGUGAUCGUGAUCGUUCUGAGUCUCAGCGUUGUCGUGGUGACCGCCAUCGCCCUCAUCUUUUACAAGCAGAACAGAAAAGAGCGUCAGAUGCAGAAAAAGUGGUCACACAUCAACUCCCACCUUAUUGGACCGUUGGAUGAAAAGGAGGUUUCCUUAAAGAUAGAUGAAGAUAAGAGGAAGGACAGUACUUUCUUCUCACGUCGAGGCCGCUAUGACAAGAAGCCAGUUAUCCUGAAAGAACUGAAACACACUGACGGAGACUUCACAGAAAACCAGAAGAUUGAGCUCAACACUCUGCUGCAUAUCGAUUACUACAACCUGACUAAAUUCUACGGCACAGUGAAGAUUGAACAUGGUGUGUUUGGCGUGUUUGAGCUGUGCCAGAGAGGCUCCCUCAGGUACAUCCUGAAUGACAGAAUCUCCUACCCAGAUGAAACCUUCAUGGACAUGGAGUUUAAAAUAUCAGUCAUGUAUGAUAUAGCAAAGGGCAUGUCUUAUCUCCACUCUAGUAACAUUGCAGUGCAUGGGCGCCUCAAAUCCACCAACUGUGUCGUUGACAACCGUAUGGUGGUAAAGAUCACCGAUUUCGGCUGCCACACCAUCCUGAGGCCGGGACGCGAUGUAUGGACGGCUCCGGAACAUCUCCGGAAAGACGGGAUUUCUCAAAAAGGAGAUGUAUACAGCUAUGGCAUCAUCGCACAUGAAAUAAUUCAGAGGCGGGCUCCUUUCUACACACCGUGCGGCUCCAGUCGUGCAGAGAAGAUGUAUCGGGUGCAGUAUCCCAGUGGGUUGGGAGUCUUUAGACCAGAACUCAGCUUUGAUGGUGUGUCGGAGAAAGAUAUUGAGUUGCACAUGCUGAUAAAGAACUGCUGGGAUGAAGAUCCAGAACGGAGGCCAGAUUUUAAGAAAAUCGAGUUAACCCUGGGUAAGAUUUUCAGCAACCUGCACAAUCAAGCCACAGAAACAUACAUGGACAACCUCAUCCGCCGCCUCCAGAUGUAUUCCAAGACUUUAGAGAAUUUGGUGGAGGAGAGAACAUCUUUGUACAAGGCUGAGAGAGACAGAGCAGAUCGUCUCAACUUUAUGCUCCUUCCUGGACCGGUGGUGCGGUCGCUGAAGGAGACAGGCCGAGUGGAGCCGGAGCUCUAUGAAGAGGUGACGGUGUAUUUUAGUGAUAUUGUGGGAUUCACCACACUGUGCCACUACAGCACUCCCAUGGAGGUGGUUGACAUGCUCAAUGAGAUCUACAAGAACUUUGACAGCGUCCUUGACCACCAUGAUGUUUACAAGGUUGAGACCAUCGGGGAUGCGUACAUGGUAGCGUCAGGUUUGCCUAAACGCAACGGCGACAGGCACGCAGUUGACAUCGCACACAUGGCUCUUGACAUUUUGUCAUUUGUUGGGACGUUUGAGCUGCAGCACUUGCCCGGAAUUCCUCUGUGGAUACGUAUUGGUGUGCAUUCAGGACCUUGUGCUGCUGGAGUGGUGGGGAACAAGAUGCCCCGCUACUGUCUGUUUGGCGACACAGUCAACACAGCAUCUCGAAUGGAGUCUACUGGGCUGCCUCUAAGAAUCCAUGUAAGUCAGUCCACCAUCAAAAUCCUACAGAGGACUGAUUGUAACUUUGAGUAUGAGCAGAGAGGAGAGACGUAUCUGAAGGGUAAAGGCAAAGAGAUGACUUACUGGUUAACUGGAGUGACUGGAGGCAAAUAUAAUCUACCCAUACCACCAACAGCGGAGAACUUCCAGCGACUGCAGCAGGACCUGGCAGAGAUGAUCGUAUCCAGUUUGGAAAAGCGUGGUAAAGGCAGAGAGAGCUUCGAAAACAGGAAAACUUUGUCCACCAGAAGGAGAGAAACCAACACAAGCCUUCAGGGGGAGAGCUCCCCGGAAUACUUCCACCUGGCUGUCACUGAUAAUCCCAGCACUUAUCUGUGA